AAAAAGUAUGGGGGAAAGAAGCUGAGAAUUCAGAGCGGAAUAAAGUUGAUAAAGAUCCGGCUGCAGCUCAGCGACUCUGAUUACACAGUUCACAGAGUAAAAGUGCGGCUAGUCUCUCACUCAGUCUGUUAGCGGCUCAGCUCGCGCCUCUUUACGCUGGUCGGGUGGAGCGCGAGCGGGACGGAUGGAUUUGGGCGCGUGCUACACCAACCAGAGUUUUGUGGAUGAUGAGGGGAGCGCGAGGGCCAGCGCGAGGAGACUGAACCCUUGUGCAGCCAACGGCGUGGUGCUGAAUGUCCAGGGCCUCAGGACUGCCGUCGGCGAAUCCGACAUCCCUCCUCUUCAGUGUCGCGCCCGAUUCCGAGAGCUGUUGCUAGGAGACCAGCCAUGCCAGAGCGAAGACAGGGUGCACGUGGAGUUCUACGUGAACGAAAACACAUUCAAGGAGAGGCUCAAACUCUUCUUCAUAAAGAACCAGCGCUCCAGUUUGCGGAUCCGUAUCUUUAACUUCUGUCUGAAGGUUUUGACAUGCGUGCUCUACAUCAUAAGAGUCAUGACUGACAACCCGACUCAGCUCCGGAACACGUGUAUAAAGUGCAACAGCUCUACUCAGAAUAAUGAAAUUAACUGGGAGUUGAUAUUCUGGGUGGAUAGGAAGACUCCUGUGUGGGCCAUUCAGGUCAUAGUUGCAUCCAUCAGUUUCUUGGAGGCCAUGCUGCUAAUGUACCUUAGCUACAAGGGCAAUAUCUGGGAGCAGAUGUUCCAGGUAUCGUUUCUGCUGGAGAUGUUGAACACAGUUCCCUUCAUCAUCACGAUCUUUUGGCCAACCCUGAGAAACCUCUUCAUCCCCGUCUUCCUCAACUGCUGGCUGGCCAAGCACGCUCUGGAGAGCAUGAUCAACGACCUGCACAGAGCAAUCCAGAGAACACACUCCGCCAUGUUUAACCAGGUGCUGAUUCUCAUCUGCACACUGCUCUGCCUUGUCUUCACUGGUACGUGUGGUAUCCAGCAUCUGGAGCGAGCAGGGAGAAACAGCCUCUCUCUCUUUAACUCUCUGUAUUUCUGCAUUGUCACUUUCUCCACCGUGGGCUUCGGGGACGUCACCCCACAGAUCUGGCCCUCACAGCUGCUGGUUGUGGUGAUGAUAUGUGUGGCCCUGGUGGUGCUGCCUCUGCAGUUUGAGGAGUUGAUCUAUCUGUGGAUGGAGAGGCAGAAGUCUGGGGGCAACUACAGCCGUCACCGAGCUCAGACAGAGAAACACGCCGUGCUCUGCGUCAGCUCCCUUAAAAUUGACCUGCUCAUGGACUUCCUCAACGAGUUCUACGCCCACCCACACACACAGGAUUAUUAUGUGGUGAUCUUGUGUCCAUGUGAAGCUGACAGUCAGGUGAGGAGAGUUCUACAGAUUCCACUGUGGUCACAGCGAGUCAUCUACCUGCAGGGCUCCGUCCUCAAAAACCAGGACCUUCUUAGAGCAAAGAUGGAUGACGCAGAGGCUUGUUUCAUUCUGAGCAGCAGAAACGAGGCUGAUCGAAUGGCUGCAGAUCAUCAGACGAUACUGCGAGCGUGGGCCGUGAAGGAUUUCGCCCCCAACUGCCCUCUCUAUGUCCAGAUCCUCAAACCCGAAAACAAGUUCCACGUUAAAUUUGCAGUGGUGGGCUCGUUUCCCACUGCAGACCACGUGGUGUGUGAGGAGGAGUUUAAAUAUGCCUUGUUGGCUCUGAACUGCCUGUGUCCGGCCACGUCCACGCUGGUCACUCUGCUGGUCCACACGUCCCGUGGGCAAGAGGGUCAGCAGUCUCCAGAGCAGUGGCAGAGGAUGUAUGGACGCUGUUCUGGAAAUGAAGUGUACCACAUCCGUGUGAGUGACAGCAUGUUCUUUAGGGAGUACGAGAACAAGAGCUUUACCUACGCUGCGUUCCACGCACACAAGAAGUAUGGGGUAUGUCUGAUAGGGAUAAAGAGAGAGGAAAAUAAGAGCAUUCUGCUGAACCCCGGACCUCGACACAUCAUGGCUGCUGCUGAUACCUGCUACUACAUCAACAUCACCAAGGAGGAGAACUCCGCCUUCACCGUCCGACAGGAGGCUCGUCAGGGCAAGAACCGCAGCCACUGCGACAUCCUGAACAGCCCCUCUGGAUUACCCGUCCACAGUAUCAUCGCCAGCAUGGGAACAGUUGCAAUGGAUUUCCAGAACACUAGCCCUACUGGAGACACAGCAACAUUAGCCCCGCCCACACAGAACGGGUUAGGAAGUCGCCGGCCCAGCAUCGCCCCGGUUCUGGAGAUAGCAGACUCCGCCUCCUUACUGCCGUGUGACCUGCUCAGCGACCAGUCUGAAGAUGAAGCAGCUCACUCUGAUGAGGAUGUGCCCUCGGCCUCCGAGUGCAUGAAGGGUUAUCCUCCCAACUCACCCUACAUCGGUAGCUCACCCACACUCUGCCACCUUCUUCUACACAAAGCCCACUUCUGCUGCCUGCGACUCGACCAGGGUUGUGAGCACGUCAGCCACGAGGAUGCUAAAGCUUACGGCUUCAAAAACAAGCUCAUCAUCGUCUCAGCGGAGACAGCGGGAAAUGGCCUCUACAACUUCAUAGUUCCUCUGAGAGCAUAUUACAGACCCAGGAGAGAACUCAACCCUGUAGUGCUGCUGCUGGACAACCUCCCUGAUGAACACUUCCUCGAAGCCAUUUCCUGCUUCCCAAUGGUUUACUACAUGCUCGGAAGCAUCGACAAUUUGGACAGUCUGUUGCAGUGCGGGGUCCUGUAUGCAGAUAAUCUGGUGGUGGUGGAUAAGGAGAGCACUAUGAGUGCUGAGGAGGACUACAUGGCUGAUGCUAAAACCAUUGUAAACGUUCAGACCAUGUUCAGGUUGUUUCCCAGUCUCAGUAUCAUUACAGAGUUGACUCAUCCCUCUAAUAUGCGCUUCAUGCAGUUCAGAGCGAAGGACAGCUACUCUCUCGCUCUGUCCCGACUGGAGAAGAAGGAGCGUGAUAAAGGUUCCAACCUGGCCUUUAUGUUCCGCCUGCCGUUCGCUGCUGGCCGAGUUUUCAGCAUCAGCAUGCUGGAUACACUCCUCUACCAGAGUUUCGUGAAGGACUACAUGAUCCUGAUCACCAGGCUGCUGCUGGGGCUGGACACCACUCCCGGAUCAGGAUACCUGUGUGCAAUGCGAGUGUGUGAAAGUGAUCUGUGGAUCCGGACGUAUGGAAGGCUGUUCCAGAAGCUCUGCUCCACAAGUUCAGAAAUUCCAAUCGGGAUCUACCGCACCGAAUCCCACAUGUUCCUGCCAUCUGACUCUCAGUAUUCAGUCAGCUCAGAGGGGUGGUCAGACACCAAGGAAAAGGGGGAGGAGCCGAAAAUUCUCACCCGGAGCUCCUCGAGCAGUGACCAAUCAGAGAACCCGCUCCUGAGAAGGAAGAGCAUGCACUGGACGAGGCGUCUGAGUAGGCGGGCCAUGAAGAGGAGUGACUCCUCCUUUUUCUCCUCCCUGCCGAAACUUAGCGCCUCGCGCCGCUCCGAGAGGGAGGAGCUAACGGAACUCGUCAGAAACCGCAUGCAGCACCUGGGCCUGCACACAGGAUUCAAAGAUGUCACUAAUCUGACGGCCAGUGAUGUGAUGAACAGAGUGAAUUUAGGCUAUUUGCAAGGUGAGCUGAAUGACCAGCAGAACUCUCUCUCCUACGUGCUCGUCAACCCAGCACCGGAUACACAUCUCCAGCUCAAUGAUGUAGUCUUUCUGAUCCGGCCGGACCCUCUGGCUCAUGUUCCAGCAGAGCCCACCACACGUGGCCAGUGCAAAGAGUCCAGACCAGACACACCGGAGCUGAACCGGGUUUAAUCAGCAUAGACUUGACUGAACCGACCUAAAGCACAGCACAUCAAUCCCUGCCCUCUAAUGAUCAUGUGAAAAGUCCACACCUGCUGGUCCACAAUCCCCCUGACUCUGCAGUGCUGCAUCAUGACCAGCAGGUGGAGGCAGAGUUUAUUUAACUACAGUUUAAAAUUACAGGUGCUGCUUUUUAAUCAGAAGGGGGCGCCAGUGAACUUGAUAUCAGAGCACAACUACUUUACCUCACUUUUACUCACCAGAAACUGCUCUAUUUAGGUUGAUCCUAUCACUGUCCACUUUAUUAGACCCUUACUGAACACAUGUCCAAACAUUUGCUCAUCCUACAUUUCUUCUAAAGUCAACAAUAUUAUUUAAAUAUAUAGAGCUCCUUCCAUCACCAGAGCCACUGCAGUAUGAUGUUGGAACAUUGGUGUGAGGAAUAUUUAAUGGCCACUUUACUAAAAACCCCAACCUUCUACUUCCACACACAGGCAACUUUAUUAGAAACACAUACCUUCUACUUCCACACACUGGCCACUUUAUUAGAAACUCCUUCCUUCUACUUCCACUCACUGGCCACUUUAUUAGAAUACCUUCUCCUUCCACUCACUGGCCACUUUAUUAGAAACCCCUUCCUUCUACUUCCACACACUGGCCACUAUAUUAGAAACGCUUCCUUCUACUUCGAACACUGGCCACUUUAUUAGAAACCCCUACUUUCUACUUCCACUCACUGGCCACUUUAUUAGAAACCCCUACCAUCUACUUCCACUCACUGGCCAUUUUAUUAGAAACCCUGCCUUCUACUUCCACACACUGGCCACUUUAUUAGAAACCCCUACCUUCUACUUCCACUCACUGGCCAUUUUAUUAGAAUACCUUCUACUUCCACUCACUUGCCACUUUUUUAGAAACCCCUGCCUUCUACUUCCACACACUGGCCACUUUAUUAGAAACCCCUACCUUCUACUUCCACUCACUGGCCAUUUUAUUAGAAUACCUUCUACUUCCACUCACUGGCCACUUUAUAAGAAACCUUUUCCUUCCACUUCCACACACUGGCCAUUUUAUUAGAAACCCCUUCUUUAUACUUCCACACACUGGCCAUUUUAUUAGAAACCCCUUCCUUCUACUUCCACUCACUGGCCACUUUAUUAGAAUACCUUCUACUUCCACUCACUGGCCACUUUAUUAGAAACCCCUUCCUUCUACUUCCACACACUGGCCACUAUAUUAGAAACGCUUCCUUCUACUUCGAACACUGGCCACUUUAUUAGAAACCCCUACUUUCUACUUCCACUCACUGGCCACUUUAUUAGAAACCCCUACCAUCUACUUCCACUCACUGGCCAUUUUAUUAGAAACCCUGCCUUCUACUUCCACACACUGGCCACUUUAUUAGAAACCCCUACCUUCUACUUCCACUCACUGGCCAUUUUAUUAGAAACCCUGCCUUCUACUUCCACACACUGGCCACUUUAUUAGAAACCCCUACCUUCUACUUCCACUCACUGGCCAUUUUAUUAGAAUACCUUCUACUUCCACUCACUGGCCACUUUAUAAGAAACCUCUUCCUUCCACUUCCACACACUGGCCAUUUUAUUAGAAACCCAUUCCUUAUACUUCCACACACUUGCCACUUCAUUAGAACUCCCUUCCUUCUCCUUUCAAACACUGGCCACUUUAUUAGAAACCCCUACUUUCUACUUCCACUCACUUGCCACUUUUUUAGAAACCCCUGCCUUCUACUUCCACACACUGGCCACUUUAUUAGAAACCCCUACCUUCUACUUCCACUCACUGGCCACUUUAUAAGAAACCUCUUCCUUCCACUUCCACACAAUGGUCACUUUAUUAGAAACACUUACCUCCUAGUUCCACACACUGGCCACUUUAUUAGAAACCCAUACCUUCUACUUCCACACACUGGCCAUUUGAUUAAAAACACCUACUUUUUACUUCCACUCACUGGCCACUUUAUUAGAAACCCCUACCUUCUACUUCCACACACUGACUAUUUUAUUAAAAACCCCUUCCUUAUACUUCCACACACUGGCCAUUUUAUUAGAAACCCCUUCCUUCUACUUCCACACACUGGCCACUUUAUUAGAAACCCCUACCUUCUACUUCCACACACUGGCCAUUUUAUUAGGAUACCUUCUACUUCCACUCACCGGCCACUUUAUGAGAAACCCCUUCCUUCUAUCUCCACACACUGGCCACUUUUGAACACUUAACUCAUAGUUCCACCCACUGGCCACUUUUAGAAACCCCUAGAAAUCAGUAAAGAACUAAUUACAGAGAAUAGUUUUAUUACCUCACUUUACUGCAGCAUCCUGCAUCUAGCACUUAACAGAUAUUGUUGUUUUCUCGCUGAUCUCAGAUCUGAUAAUGUUUAUAUACACUCACUGUCCACUUUAAUAGAAACAGCUGCCUUCUACUUUCACCCUCUGGACACAUAUGUCCACUGUACACGUCCCCAAGCUUUUCUCAUCCAGUAUUUUUUAUGAAAUCAGAGGUAUUAAUAGAUAGCCUGACCCUUCACCACCAACACCUUCACUGCAGUGUGAUUUUGGAACAUUGGUGUGAGGAGGAUUUAAUUGCAUUCAGUCCUGA